AUGUCGUUCGACUUUCUUUUCGGUUUCCGCACUUGGACAUUGGUAUUUAUCUUGGCUAGCACGUACCUAUUCCGCUCAAGACGACGAUCACCCUUCCCCCCUGUCAACCAAUACCCAGGCGACUUUCUUAACCGCAAAGCGUAUCGCGAGUAUAGCCAGAAUGCUGAGUCAUUAAUCGCCCAAGGCCUCGCAAAACAUAAAGGCCCCAUUACCCUCCGCGCCCCCAAUGCGGAAAAAAUUAUCCUACCAGCCUCGCUUACUGCCUGGGUCAAGUCCAACAAAGACCUCGACCAUCGAGAGCUUGUCCGGCAAGACUUCUAUGCUGGGCUACCGGGGUUUGAGGUGCAGGAUGCAUUGCACUCGCGUGGAGACCUGCUUUUGGACAUGGUUCGAACCAAGUUGGGCCAAAAUGACAGCAUAAUGCCAACCGUGAAUGCUAGUCUGGCAAAAGCCAUGCAGAUUCACUUCGGGGAGGGAGAGGACUGGCAUCCCAUCGACUGGCAAAAGGACACAACGGGCAUCAUCUCACGCGCAGCAUCUUCAAUCUUUAUUGGCCCGGAAUUGUGUGAUGACCCAGAAUGGCUGGAGAUUAUCCAGGGCUACGUCGGUGCUUUCUUCACGGCAGUCAAUGAGUUGCACGCCUAUCCCGCAUGGACGAGACCCAUUGUACAGAGGUUUCUGCCAAACGCAGCUAAUUGUCGAAAGUAUAUGGCCCGGGCUCGUGUCAUUACGAAGGAAUUGCUCGAAAAAAGGCAAAAAGAAAUCAAAAAGGCACAGCUCGAGGGCAGGGCUCCCCCGGAGUACAACGACGCCUUGACAUGGACGCAAGCAGUAUCUGACUCUACAUUGGAUCCGGGCGAGAUCCAGCUAUCACUGGCAAUGGCUGCGCUUUUUACUACCAGUGAGCUGUUUCGGCAGGUCUUGAUCGAUAUUGCUUCCAAUCCUAGCAUCAUUGAGCCAUUGAAACAAGAGAUUUUGCAACAGAUUUCGACACAUGGUAUCACGGUCGCUGCCACCAAUAACAUGGUCUUGAUGGAUAGUGUUCUGAAAGAGUCCCAAAGGUUAUCGGCUGCUUGCGUGGGGCUCGAACGCGUAGCUUUGAAAGAUCUGACAAUGCCCGAUGGCAACAAGCUUCCCCGUGGCUCACAUAUCAUGGUCGAUUGCCAAGAUCUAUGGAACCCAGCCGGAUAUCCCAACCCCGAGCAGUUUGACGGUUACCGUUUCCUGCGCAAGCGCGAGGCGGGCGACAAAUUCAGUCAAUUCGUCCAGUCUGGCCCAGACUACAGCGUAUUUGGUGGUGGCCGCCACACCUGUCCUGGACGCUAUUUUGCCAACAACGAACUUAAACUCGCCAUGGCUCACAUCCUCCUUAAAUAUGAUAUCCGCGUGGCAAACAGUCAUCAAUCGAAGCCCAUGCAAAUGGGUGUGUACAGAAUGGUUGACCCAGUGGUUCCGUUCGAGGUGUACUAUACGCAUAUUGUAUUGAACGAGCAUUGA